UCGCACCACAUCGACUUGUUUAUCUAUAUUUGACUUUGACUGGCUUUUGACGUGAUGUCAUUUCGGAGUAACAUGACAGCAAAUAGGACCCAGCAGAGCUCUCCGGCGAACCUCACCUGUCCCCAAACGCACUUUUACUUUUCCACCUGAAGUCGCCUGCAGAAUCCCGACAUCUGUCAGACUUAAAGAUAACGGCAUGUUUCCUGCUUUGCUCUGCAGUUUGUUGCUCCUGCACGGCUCGCUCGGGGAGAUCGUGUUCCGCUGCCCGAGCUGCACCGCGGAGCGCCAGGCGGCGUGUCCCAAGCUCACCACCUCUUGCGAGAUUGUCAGGGAACCGGGUUGCGGUUGCUGUCCGGUUUGCGCCCGGCUUAAGGGCGAGCUGUGCGGCGUCUACACGCCGAGAUGCGGGAGUGGUUUGAGGUGUUACCCGAGCGCGAAUUCAGAGUUACAGCUGGAACAGCUGAUACAGGGACUCGGACGAUGCGAGAACAAAGUGGACCUGGAGCCCACUAUGCCCAACCAGGAGUCAGAACACAUUGGAGAAUUAAAUGGCACGCGGUCCCCUCCAGUGAAAAAGCCUGGCAAAGAAAACAACUACCAGCACAUCAAGGAAAUUGCUGUGAAGCAGCAUCUCAACAACAAGAGGACCAGGAUGUACAGCCCCCAGGAUGAUCCCAAAACACCUCACCCCAGACAGAGCCAGUGUCAACAGGAGCUGGACAGAGUUUUGGAGAACAUCUCCCGAAUGUCGUUCCAUGACAACAAGGGACCUUUGGAAAAUCUUUAUGACCUGAAGUUCCCCAACUGUGACAAGACAGGACAGUACAACCUUAAGCAGUGCAACAUGUCCAGCCACGGACAGAGGGGUGAGUGUUGGUGCGUCAACCCCUACACUGGUGUCCAGAUACCCUCGUCCCCCAAAGUGAGGGGGGACCCCAACUGCAGCCAGUACUACGGUGGUCCCGACCUGGAACCGCCCACCAGCCAGCAGAAAUAGACGCACCCUAGCCCUUAAGGGAGAUGCCCCGGGUCGCAAACGAGGACAGUUAAAGCGAGUGCAAGAGCGAUGUGCAUGUUUGUAAUUCUGUACGUGUAUGUGUAUGUAUAUUUUCGCAAUAGUAUGAUCUGUAUUGUCGAUAGGGGUGUGGAAAGUCACAUGCCAGCAAAGACAAGCAAGUCAAGGACAGGUAGUUAAACCUCCCCCUUCUCAAAUCCAGAUAGCUGUACUCCAAAUUUAACUCUGAGUGAUUGUUUUUUUCUGCCUAUUUAUAGGCUCGUCCGGUGCCUUUUAAUCUUGUGACUGAAUCUGGUUGCAGAGAGUCGCUUAUACAGCAUUUGCAGCUGUUCAGUGUGAAGAUGUGUCCCUUUAAUUCACCCUUUUGUCUUUCGAGACCCAAUAAAAAUGGUGGCGCAUUUUUUUGCACCAUUGGUUGCCAGAAACAAACAGCAACUGCAAAUGCACAAAAGCAGCAGCUUGACGUUGAUUUAAAAGUGAAUCCCAAAUUUUUGAAACCAAAAAUAUAAAGCAGUGGGGUCGUUUUUUUUUUUUUUUUUUGUGGCUGGUUUGAGAUGGUCUGUGCAAGAGAGGCUGGAGAUGUGCUUUUUGGCUAUUUUGACUACUUGGGUACUCUACAGAUAAAUCAACCAUAAGUACUCAAGUAUUUGUCGAUAUGCAUCAAACUGGCAUCUUUUCUGCAUGAGUGUUGCGUUUUUAAGACCAAAACAUUUUCAAAAUGUGUCUCUAAACCACUGCGUUUGUUUCCAUUCAGUUGCUUCAGGCUGAAAGUCGCCACAUACGUGAGUUGCUAUAUGGCGUCGCCACAAAUUGCCGCCCCAUCUAACCAAUUGGAGUGCAAGGUACGAAAGGCCCAAAAUGUCAAACAAUCGAUAAAUUAAAAACAAGGCCCCUUUUUGGCACAUAUUACUGACCUUCAAUCAGCAUCAUAUGUUUUGAAUUUCAAGUGUGUUUUUACAGUCGAUAAUUGCCGUUGCUUCCAAGUACUCAAUAUCUGGCUAUCCCUGUUCCUGGCAGCUGAUAGACCUCUGUUCUCGUUCUGCUUCUCUACCAUGUGGUAGAAUUCAGGAGGUGUAUGUGUGUGUUUGUAGAGUGGGGAUCAGCAUUUACUAAUGAUGUGCUGACAGAGGGCUAGAUUAGGGCACAGGGUUGACAUUGACAAAUGUGAUAUAAAGUGGGUUAAGUGCCUAUAAAUAAACACAGGUUUGCCUGCAGUGCCAGUGGGCUGUGCCUCACCUUGCUUCACUCUCAUCUGCGGAGGGAUGUGUUGGGGGUUGGCAAGGGUGACUUUGCCCAGUGUAACACUUGAAUGGGGUUAGUUGAAGAGUCCUGUGGAGGAAUGUGAAGUGGUGCAUGGGUUUAGUGAGCUUGGUUUACCAAUUCUUGUACCAUUUUUCCGCCAGUUUUUUCCCCAAAGUAACAUACAUUGGGAUCCAAAAUUUUAACCUGGGAUUCAAAACCUACUUUAAACCUAGAAAUAAAAUAAAGGUUUAGGAUUCUGAACAUUUUUAUAAAGGAAAAAAAAAUCUUAUUCUGGGUCAUCAAUUAGUAAACACAUUUGCCAAGUUUGGGG